AUGUGGACUCGUCCCUCUUCGCCCAUUUUGUUCUUCCUUUUCUAUUACGCUGUUGCCAUCAUCAACGCGUCACCGCUUAGGCCUUCUCAGUAUGCUCCAGCGGCUUCAGCCCAUCCCCAUCAAUAUAUCUUAAGUCCACACUUCGACAUUAACGCCAAACCGAAAACACGCAAAUACACCUUUCAUGUCACUGAGACUACAGCUGCUUUGGAUGGCUUCCUGCGACCGGUGUUGGCCAUAAAUGGUCAAAUACCUGGUCCCCUGAUACAGGCAAAUGAAGGUGAUCGAUUGGAGAUCACCGUAAUAAAUCAGAUGUCAGUUGGAUUGACCUUACAUUGGCAUGGUCUCUAUCAGGCGAGUAUUCAAACUUGCAUUAUAAUUUAUGCGAUUUUGUUUGGCAGUUGCAAUGGAACAAACUGGGAAGACGGUGUGACUGGCGUAACCCAAUGCCCUAUCCCUCCCGAUGGGGGAAGUUUCACUUACGAGUUUAGCUUGCAUGGACAGUUGAGUUUCGAUGUUUUUCAUUCUCACCACCAGAAUUUGAUGGCCGACGGGAUAAAUGGCCCAUUAAUCAUCCAUUCGCCACGAGAUCCACUCAAGAGGCACAUUGAUUUUGAUCAAGAGGUCGUUUUGAUGCUAGCGGAUUGGUAUCACAACACUUCGACCGAUAUUGUUGAGCACAUGCUGAGCGAAGCGGGUUAUUUUGGGACGCCAGCUGCUCCCGGCGCUAACUCUGCACUAAUUAACGGAGUCGGUGAAUGGAAUUGCUCGCAAGCGAGUAAAGCACAGGAAUGCGAACAGAUACACUCCCCGCCAGAAUUCACCUUCAAGGCCGGCGAUAAGAUAAGAUUUCGCCUUGUAAACGCAGGCGUACAUGCUAUGUUCUUCUACUCCGUCGAUGAGCACACCCUAAACGUAACAGAAGCUGAUGGAACCGGUGUAUAUGGCCCUUCCGCUAUGCACCGUGUCUGGCUCCACAACGGACAGAGGUAUUCCGUAGUAAUCAAAACAAAGAAAGAAGACGCAGGCAGAAGCUUCUACCUGAGAGCUACUAUGGAUUCUGAUUGCUGGGCCUGGGUUCCCGACGAUAUUCAACUCACUGCGUUUGGCAUCCUCAGACUUGUUGAUGGCGAAUCCAAGAGACAAACAAUCUCCACUGCUCGACCGCAGACACAGGACUGGCCAGACGAAAUCUUAGGAGACUGUGUCGACCUGCCGACCAGUAGUCUUGUUCCUAUUUUGCAAGAAAGCGUCCCCACUUCAGUUGCAGGCUUUGGAGGCUUUAAGGCUGGUUUCGGGUUUCAAUUUAUCAACAAUACUGCACUACACAUAACACGUGCUGAAGCGGUCAGAUUAGCCCAACAAGCCAAUUCCAGCGGCUUGUCUCUAACCACUAAUCCACGAACGGAAGAGCUUGAAACAUCAAACGACCUGGGUAGCUUUUUGAGGAACGGGAGUCGGACCAGUCGCACGUUACUCAACGCGCGAAGUAAAACGGUGCAAGGUCUCUGGAAGGCAGGUGACUUUGAAGCUUCAAAUCAUGAUUUGAGUAGAAGACAAGUGUUAGUUGGCCAGGACGAUCUACCCCGCGGGAAUAGAACCAGUCCACUAGGAGUUACCCGCACAGGAGGGCCUCCUCCAACUCCUGUAGGGACGAUUGGGAAGUUCUUUCUGAAUAAUAUCAGCUGGGCCACAUACCCUUACCGACCCGUGCUACAUGAUUUGACACCUGGCGGUGUGGGGGCUGUCAAUGACUCCAACGUGGCCAAUGUUAUAUAUCCGACCUCAGAUUGGUACGAUCUUUAUCUGGCGAAUAUAGACCCGGCGGGGAGUCAUCCUUACCACUUGCACGCGCUGGACAUGCAUAUCGUUGCAGAGGGGAAAGGCUUACCUACUCCUGCAAAUCUUGCAAAUGUUACUUAUAAUACGGUCAAUCCCCUCCGAAGGGAUACAAUUGUUGUGCCUCCAGCUUCAUUCACCGUGCUUCGACUUCGCGCUGAUAUUCCGGGUGCUUGGAUUGUCCACUGUCACAUCGGAUGGCACAUAGCUGCUGGUUUCGCGGGUGUUGUGGUUGUGCAACCGGAUGCGAUCAAAGAAUUCCAGAUACCGCAGAAGAACUACGAUCUCUGCAAGGCUCGAGUAGGACCAUUGGAUACUAUCGAACCCGGAUUGUAA